UUCAUUCUGACUGCAGACCAGGCAGCAGCAGACAGAGAGAAAGCGAAAGGAGGAAGUCAGGCAGAACGGGGGGAAAAAAGCAGGCAAGCUUUCCCCACUUCGAGCCGCGCGCGCGUGUUCCGUGUCCAAAGGCAAGCCCGGCUCUCCACUCGCCCUUCCAGCAUGAAAGCAUUCAGUCCGGUGCGAUCCGUCCGGAAAAACAGCCUUUCGGAACACAGCCUGGGAAUAUCCCGCAGCAAAACCCCGGUGGAUGACCCUAUGAGUUUGCUGUACAACAUGAACGACUGCUACUCCAAGCUGAAGGAGCUGGUGCCCAGCAUCCCUCAGAACAAGAAAGUCAGCAAGAUGGAAAUCCUGCAGCACGUAAUCGACUACAUCCUGGACCUGCAGAUCGCUCUCGACACGCAUCCCAGCAUUGUCAGCCUCCACCACCAGAGACCGGGACAAAACCCCUCCUCCAGAACCCCCCUGACUACCUUAAACACAGACAUCAGCAUCUUGUCGUUACAGGCAGCUGAAUUCCCCUCAGAGUUAAUGUCAAAUGACAGCAAAGCACUUUGUGGCUAGAUGAAUCGGUGUUUGCUGACUUUUUUUUUUUUUUUUUUUGCACAAGAAGAGACAGCUUUUUCCCCUUUUUUUCCUUUUUGCAAGCUGCUGAAUCUGAUUUUCAGCUGUAUCUGGAGGGGGAAUCCGUAUCCAAUUAAAUGGACAGUUUUAAGAAAAAAAAAUGUGGACACCACUUCCCCUGUUCUACACCGUGGACUAAUCUUAAUUAUUUAUGAAGAGACUUUUAAAAUGCCCUUUCCCUAGUUGGAAGGCUUCAUUUAUAUACUAUUCCCACAACGGGGAGCGAAAUGAAAUGUAAAAAACUCUUAAAGGAAUUGCCCAUAUUAAAGCAGACUUUGCCUUUUUUACCUCCAAAAGGUGGAGCGUGAAUACUUAGAAGGAUUUAGUGUUCAGUUUUUCAGUGAAGUCUUUGUCAAAAAUUAUCCUCUUUUGACAUCAGUGUAGGACUGAAUGCUGUGUAUAUAUUUAUAUAUAAAUAUGGGAAUGAAACUUUGAACUCUUUAAUUAGAGUUUUCUUGUAUAGUAGCAGAAAUGUAUAUUUCUGCAAAAAGUGUAAUGAUGUACGUAAUCAUGCUGAACUUUUUAUAAAAGUUUAGUUGUAAACUUAACCUUUUUAUACAAAAUCAAAAUAAAUUGUGUGUUUAUUGAA